AAAAAUGGGUAAUGUGGAUAGUAAUGCAAGCAUUAAAGCAAUGCACGCAAAUUAUAUUGUUAUAAGAAAUAUAAAAGAAGAUAGUCGAUAUGGAGAAGGGAGGAUUGUAAAAUAGAAGUAAAGUAAAUAAGAGGCAUUUUAGAAAGAAAUUAAUUUAACAGACAAGGAUAAAUUUUCAUCCUUAAAAAUCAUACUUGAAAAAAAGGAAAGUAACACUUAUGACAAUUUGAUUAAUGUUACAAGUAUUAUAAUAGACAAUAUUAUUUUUAGAAUUAUUUUAUCACGAAGACAAUUAAUUUUGUGGACAAUUUUUUAAGAUUUUCAUAUUAUUAGAGUAUAUACCUACUACAUUGAAUGAUAUUGUUGAAUAAAGAUUAGCAAAGAAAUUAGAAUUCUAAGAAUCAGAACUAUUUACUAUUCUUAUAGGAUGUAUUGAAGGCUGCUGUAUAUUAGAAUAGUAGAAAAUUACUCAUUAAGGAUUAAGAUUGGAUAGCAUUUCUUAUAUGGAUGAAUUUCCAUAUGUAAAAAUUCUAGAUCCUACUUUGAGUGGAGUUCCAACUACAUAUCAAUUGUUAAUAUAAAAUGAUAGUAAAUAAAUCAAUUUGAAUUAUAUAAGUCCUAAACUUAUGUAAUCUCUUAAUGAUGAUAUGUAACCAUAACAUAAUCCUUAUAAAAGUGAUGUUUAUAGUUUAGGUAUGAUUAUGCUUCACAUAUCAAGUUCACAUAAUUGUGAAGAUUGUUAUGAUAUGUAAAAGAUGAAAGUUAAUCAUCAAUAAGUUUAAAGAAGAUUAUAAAAUUUAGAAUAAAUGUUCUCUUCUUAAUAUAUAUAAGUUUUAAGAACUAUGUUGCUACUUAAUGAAGAUUAAAGACCAGAUUUUCUUGAAUUAAGAUCAGAAAUGUAAUCAAUGUCACCACCUUCAUCUCCUAAGAUAUAUUAUAUCAGAGAAUAAACUGAGGAAGUCAUUUAUACUACAAAAGCACCAAUACUUUAAGUUGAAGCUUAUGAACAAGCUGUUGAAAGCUUUGCAAUUCCAUAAUAAUAAUUUUAAUUAGAAGCUGCUUAAUAACCAUAAAGUUUUAAUAACAUUGAAUAAAGUGCUAAAUUUGUUCCGUAAUAAUUAAAUUCUGUACAUAAUUCUUAAGUUUAACUUUAAGGAUCUUUAAGACAAUCUUAAUAAUCUUAACAGUCAAAUUAAUCACUUUAUUUUUAAAAAAAUGGUCUAAAGGAUUUAAGACCUGAUAUUUGUGAUCAUUUAAAAAUUGUAAUAACCUUUUCAUUUUAUUUAGUUACCUUUAUCAGAAUAAAUGGCAGAAUUAUCCAACUUUGAUACCAAUAUUGGUAAUUAAAUAGGAACUGAAAGAUUAUUAAAUUCUACAAAUUUAGAAUAGUAAGACAAUUUAAUGCCAAUUACAUCGUUUUCUAAUUCUUAAUAAUAUUAAUAGUUUUUAUAAUCUAAAACUAGUGUACCAGGUAUAUAUGAAUCUUAAAAAAUGAAUUCCACAUAAAAGAAUUAACAAAAUAUUGAUCCUGCAAUUAAUUUUCUUUAUGAUAAACAAAAUAUCAAUUAAUAGUAAUCAAAAAAUUUACAAAAUGAUAUUAAAAGAACAAGUUAAAUAUAAAAGGUUGAAGUUGUUUCUGAAACUUAUGCUAAUGGAUCAAGAUAUGAAGGAUAGAAAUUUAAAGGAAUGAAACAUGGCCAAGGAACGUUUUUCUAUUAAGAUAAUGGUGGAGUUUAUGAGGGUCAAUGGUUUGAAAAUAAAAUGCAUGGUUAAGGUUAUACAUUCAAAGUAACAACUAUUAGGUACUUUAUAUUAUGCUUCUGGUAAACCAGCAUAUGAAGGAUAGUGGUUAAAUGAUAAAUUCUAAGGCAAUGGCACUUUGUACAAUGAAGAACCUUAAAUGCUUUAUGGGGAAUUUGAUUAUGGAGAUUUUGAUAAAAUAGGAGAGUAGAUAUUUAAAUAUAAAUAAAAGUUACUGGACGAGAUAUGUAGGGGAAUUUAAUUAAGACAAUAAGGAAGGUUAAGGUAUCUUAUAUUUAUCAAAUGGGGAUCGAUUUGAAGGCAAUUUCCUUUAAGACUUAUUAAAUGGGCCUGGGAAAUAUAUAAAAAAGAAUGGUUAAAUAAUAUCUGCAAAAUGGUGGAGAAAUAAACUAUAACAGGGAUUUUGA